AUGGAGGAGCCUCCCAGCAAGCAGCAGCAGCCCAGAAAGGUGGCGGUGUCGCGGGAGCAGAUGCGGCAGCUGAACAGGGAGGAGCGGCUGCGGCGCGCGGAGGAGCGGCGGUGCCGCCUGCUCGAGGCGAGUCCCCGCAGCCGCCUCGCCUCAGGGGCACAGCCACCUGGCGCCGCGCAGGAGGCCACACAGGCUGCUGCCGAGGAGGAUGCCUGGAUGGAUCGCGUGAGGCCAGCGCCCAUCUACCGGCCCAGCCAGCAGGAGUGGGCUGACCCGCUGGCUUACCUGCGCACCAUACAGGCGGAGGCCUCCCAGGCGGGGAUCUGCAUCGUGCGGGCGCCGCUGGCACCUACCAUGGCUGGCGGCCUGGUGAGCGGCGGCCUGCGCUGGUGCUGGCCUGGCAUGGCGGGUACCAUGGUGGUGGUGGUUGUGGUGGUGAUGGUGGUGGUGGUGGCCAUGAUGGCGCAGGACCCUUCCUUCAGGUUCGACACGCGGCAGCAGGCGGUACGGGACGAGCCCUGGAGCAGCUGGGAGGCGCAGCACGUGUUCCAGCCGGUACCGCCGCCACCGCCCGCCGCCGCUGCUGCCGCCGCCGCCGGCAAGCGGUACAGCCUGCGGGAGUUCCAGGACGCGGCCUGUGCCAACGCCGCCAAGCGCUUUGGAGGCCUGCACGGCUCCCUGCCCGCCCGCUGCAUCGAGCGGGAGUACUGGCGGGAGCGUGAGCGGCGCGAGGGCGCCCCGCUGCUGGUGGAGUAUGGCAGCGACGUGGAGGGGUCGCUGUUCCUGCCGCACGACCGCCUGGGGCGCAGCCGCUGGAACCUAAAUCACCUGCCCUUGGAGCUCGGCUCCGCGCUGCGCUUCUGCCACGCGGCGGCGCGCGGCGGCGGCGGGCGCCCCAUCCCCGGCGUCUCCACCCCCAUGCUCUACAUCGGCCAGCUCUUCUCCACCUUUGCCUGGCACGUGGAGGACCACUUCAUGCACUCGCUCAACUACCAGCACCUGGGGGCGGCCAAGACGUGGUACGGCGUGCCCUCCAGCCACGCCGACGCGUUUGAAGGGGUGGCGCGGCGCAGCGUGUACGCCGGCGCAUGCGCGCGCAUGCAGGCGGAGGGGGCCGGGGAGUCACAGGUGUGGUGCGCCGUGGAGCGCGCGCUCAUGGGCAAGACAACCAUGUUCUCGCCGCGCCUCCUGCUGGACAGCGGCGUGCCCGUGUACCGUGCGGUACAGGAGGUGGGCGACUAUGUGGUCACCUUCCCGCGCGCCUACCACGGCGGCUUUGGCAACGGCUUCCAAGUCGGGGAGGCAGUCAACUUCUCGCUGGGCGACUGGUGGCCGUAUGCGGAGGACGCGCGGCAGCGGUACCGCCGCCUGCGCCACCCGGCCAUCCUGCCGCAGGAGCAGCUGCUGUGCGACGAGGCGGCGGCGCUGGCGGAGAAGCGGCGGAAGGAGCGCCACCACGGCUCUGCUGCAGCGCCAGCACACGUGCAGCCCAGCCGGGAGGCCGCCCCGACCGACGCGGCCGGCGGCGGCGGCAGCCCCGCGGCGGCCGCGGCCGCCGCCGGCGACAACGCGCUGGCGCACGCGUUUGUGGGCGUCGUGCGGCGGCUGCACCACUGCCGCGGCCUGCUGGAGCGUGCGGGGGCGGUGCCUGUGCGGGCGUGCGCCCCGGGGGACCCACUGGAGGGCCGCUCCAUUCACUGCUCCUCCUGCCAGCAGCUCUGCUACCUGGCCUCGGCGGUGCUGCAGCCGGCCGGGCCGCCCAUCGCCUGGCGGCACCUGUGCCUUGAGUGCGGCGCGGCGGCGGCGGCGGCGGCGGCGGCGGCCGCCGCGGCGGGCGGCCCUCCCUGGCAGCCGCUGCUGCUGGUGAAGCCGUGCUGGGAGGAGGCGGAGGGGUGCUGCCGCGAGCUGGAGGCCGGCGUGUGCCACCCGGCAGGCACGCCGCUGACGCUGAGCCUGGCGGGCGCCAGCGAGGCGCAGCGAUACGGGCCGUGGGCCGAGGCCGGCUGGCCCACCCCCAGCGAGGCUUAUGCCUGGGCCGAGCUGCAACAGCCGCGCGAAGACCUGCCCCCCAGCCUGCUGCACGCCAGCCAGCAGCCGCGGGGCGGGGCGGCAGCCGGGGAGGCGCCUGGGGAGGCGGCGCCGCUGAUUGCGCCUGCGGCGGCGGCGGCAGCGGCGGCUGCGGCGGAGGAAGCGGCGGCAGCAGGUGCUGCGGUGGGCCCUGCGGCCGCAGAGGAGCCUCUGUCUGCGCACAAGGUGUUCCUGGCGGCUGUGCAGCAGGAGGAGGAGGCGGGGAGCGGCGACGAGGGGAAGGCGGCGCCGCUGGUUGCCGGGCCGCGGGCCGGCGUGGUGGGGCGCCGCGCGGCGGCACAACCGCCGCCGCCGCCGAGGCUCAUGCAGUCGCGCACCCGCCGCGAGGCGGAGGCGGCUCCAGCGGCGGGGGCCCCGCCUGCCUCGCAGCCGCCGCAGCAGGCGCAGCAGGCGCGGCAGGCGCAGCAGGCGCAGCAGGCGCGGCAGGCGCAGCAGGCGCAGCAGGCGCCCAUCAGGGAGAUGAUUGGCCCCCACUUGAACGACCCUGGCAGCCCGCUGGAGCUGGUGGAUGACCGGCGGGUGGAAGUGAAGGGGCACCCGCACCGGCGCCGCGUCUUCCGGAAGCCCCUGAAGGGCGGCCUGGUGCUGGUUGCCAACGAGGUGAUGACUGCGCUGUAUGGCCAGGCGCCUCCCGUCAGGGACGCGGUCACCAAGGUGCUGGCUCGCUGGCUGCGGGACUGCGGGGCGCGCCGCGCAUCGCGCGCCUUCCUGGCAGGUUCCACCCGCGAGAGCGGCUACCCCGUACUGGAGCGCCGCCACAUCUCCAGGCUGCUGCUCCACGAGCCGCUGGGGCAGGACAUGCGGGAGCGGCUGGCUGAGUUUGUGGCGGGGGUGUGGCCGGAGGAUGAGGCGGUGGCGGGCUCCCCUGGGCCUGGAGGCAGCGAGGCGGGUGUCCAGAUGCCCACGCCGCAGCUGCAAGGGCCGCCAGCGGGGCAGCGGCGGAGGAAGGCGCAGGGGCAGCCGCCGCAGCAGGUGCCGCAGGGUGGGGGCGCGCAGGAAAGGCGGGCGCGGCGGCGGCCGCGGUCUGCCGGAGCGGCGGCGAGGGCUGUCGGCGGCGGUGAGCUCCAGACCGGCUCGGAGGCGGAAGGGGGCGAUGCAGCGCCUCCGCCACACGCACGCGGCCGCCGGCAGCCGCAGCCGCAGCAGCGGCAGCAGCGGCGGCGCCCAGCCGAGGCUGCAGAGACGGAAUCGGAAUGGGAGGAUGAGGAGGCGGGCGAAGAGGAUGAGGAAGCGGAGCUGAAUGCGGCGCUGGCAGCUGCCAGCCGCCGGCGCAGGGCCCGGCAGCGACUGCCGCGGGAAUCCGCUGCUGCUGCUGCUGCCCGGUUGGAGGCAGCGGCAGCGGAGGAGGAGGAGGAGGAGGCUGCCACAGAAGAGGAGGAUGAGGAGGAGACGGAGGAUGAGGAGGAGCGUGUGAUGGCCAGGGCAGCUGCCAGCUGCCAGCGCAGGGCCAGGCAGCAGCAGCAGCGUGAGGCGGCAGAGCAGCGGGGCAGCAAGAGGCGCAAGGCUGGUGGCGAGCGAACGCGCAGCGCCAGCACGGCGGCCGCGGCGCCCCCGCCCAAGAGGCAGCGCCAGGCUGCAACCUGCUCCCACCUGCCGGCCGUGGCGGCCGCCCAUGGCAGUGCGCCAGCGCCGGCGCCAGCGCAAGCUGCGUCGCUGCCCGGCCCGGCCGGCGGAGCAGGCAACCACUGCAGCAGCGGCGGCGCCGGCUUGGGCAUGGGUGCGGCGAGCACGGAGGCUCUGGUGGAGAUGCAGCUGCAGGCGCACGCCCACUGGCAGGCACAGGCGCACGCCAGCACCUCCCCCCUCGCCUUUGCAUUUGGAAGCGCCUUCCAGCACAUGGGCAGCCACCAGCAGCAGCACCACCACCGCCACCAGCAGCAGCAACUGGCGGCGCAGCAGCAGCGCGAGUGGCAGCUAUUUGCAGCGCAUCAGCAGCACUCGCUGGCGCAGCUCCAGCAGCAGCUCCAGCAGCAGCAGCAGCAGGCGGCGGGCCGUGCGGUGGUGGUGGAGGAGGGGGAGGGCGCGCCGGCCCAGCCGGCCCGCCACGCCCACGCCGCAGCCGGCGCCGCGGCGGCGGCGGCUGGCUGGGGCCGUGCGGCUCGCCUCGCUGGCGCCGCUAGCUCACUGGGCAAGCUGGCCGCCGCCGCCACCCCGGACCUGGCCACGGGGCUGGAGGAGGAGGAGGUGGAGGCUGCACAGCUGGAGGCGGGGGAGGAUGUGUUGAUGGCGCACAUUGUGGCUGGCAUGCCGCUGACCGGCCCCGACCCCGCGGCCUGGCACGUGUCCCAGCUGGCGCCCCAGGCGGCGGCCGCGCAGGUGCAGCGCCUGCGCCGCGGCGCCUUCCUGCCUGGCUACGGCUAUGGUGGCAUGCUGGGAGGGGCCGCCGCGGCUGCCGCGCAGCCCACGCCGGCCCAGCACGCGCAGGCAGCCGCAGCCGCGGCGCAGCUGCCGCAGGCGGCCUUGCACGGCUUGCGUGACGAGAAAGCGUGGGCGCCAGCUGGAGCUGUGCAGGCGGGGCAGGGGCAGUGCCAGGGGCAGCAGCAUGAUGCCGUGGCGGCGGCGGCAGCCGCCCAGGGUGCCACCGCCGCGCCGGGCAGCGCCUGGCCUCUGCACAGCGACGCCGACAAGCAGCCGUGCAUCGCUGCGGCCAAGGCUGGCGACAGCAGCGCCAUCGCCGCCCUGACGCGCUCCAUGCGCCAGCACCCGCGGGAGAUGAGCAGGCUGCAGGCGCUGGGCCUGCCCGCCGACACCUCCUGCGCGUGGCUGGCCGCCGGAUGA